ACACCAACCUCCUCAUUUCCCCCCUGACCCCAACCCCAAACCCACUCUACUCUACUGUGCCUCACCUCUUGCCACUACUAUUUCUAGUAGUCGUGUAUCAUCAUUUCAGAUAUCAUAUCGCCACCUCUCGUUUUUUUAAUAAUAUCAGCGGCGAGCGAGCGAGAUGGACUCCCCGUCGCCUAUGGCGGCGCAGGCGGCCGACCUGUCGCUGACGCUGGCGCCGUCGGGAGGGGGUGGUGGGGGAGGAGGAGGCGGCGGCGGUGGUGGGUCGUCGUCGGCGUGCAUCGACGGCAAGGACGUGCGGCUGUUCCCGUGCUUGUUCUGCAACAAGAAGUUCUUGAAGUCGCAGGCGCUGGGCGGGCACCAGAACGCGCACAAGAAGGAGCGGAGCAUCGGGUGGAAUCCCUACUUCUACAUGCCGCCGACGCCGCACCCCGCCGGCAAUGCCGCCGCCGCCGCCGCGGCGGCGACGCCCGGUGGGAUGUCGUCCGUCACGACGCCAUCCGGGAGCUACGGCGUCGUCGGUGGUGCCGCCGUCGGGGCUACUGCUGGCGUUGGGGGCGGAGGUGGAGUGGGAGGGGGGCUUCUCCCGGCGCACGCGUACGCCGGGCACGGGUACGCCGCGGUGCCGACGUCGUUCCCCAUCGCGUCGCACAGCUCGAGCGUGGUUGGCUCCGGUGGGCUGCAGUACUACGCUGGUACCGACUGCGGCGCGGCGGCGGCGGGUGCGGCGAAGACGACGACGACGGCGGCGGCGGCGGCGACGGCCGUGGCGGGGAGCGAGAGCGGCGUGCAGGUGCCCCGGUUCGCGACGCACCAGCACCAUCUCCUGGCGGUGGUGAGCAGCGGGCGCGCGAUGCUGGCGGCGCCCGACCAGCCGGGCGCCGGGCGCGACGACAUGAUCGACAUGCUCAACUGGAGGCGAGGCUCCCACGGCCCCACCGCCUCCGCCGCCGCCACCACGCCCUCCCCGGCAAGCACCACCACCACGCUCACCACCUUCGCCAGCGCCGACGGCAGCAACAACGGCGAGGAGAACGAGGAGCUCGACCUCAACUUGAGCCUCUAGCUCCCACCACCACCACCUCCUCCUCCGCCGCCGCCGCCGCCGCCGCGCAAUCCAAGAAGGCAAGGUCAAUCAAUCGCCAUGUUCUUCUUCUCCAAGCUCCACCUACUCCUCUUCCAAUUCCUCCUCGUGUGUGAUUAAUCCCCCUCUUCUUGCUGCCUGCGUACGUACUCCUUAAUUAAUUAGCUCUUAGGGACGUUAAUUAAUCUCAGUUCUUGGCUCUCUUCUCCUCUCCUCUCCUCUCCUCUCAUCUCACUUGUAUGUUAAUGUUAGUACUCCUUGUAAUCGAUCAAUCAGUCCUCUUUUUUUGCAUCCUUUUUUGUCUUCUUUUUCAUUUUGCCGUCGAUUUCUUGGCUUCUCUCUUCAUUUUACCUUUCAUGUUUGCCUCUGCUGCUGUAUAUAUCUGUGACUGUCUCUGUAGUCUGUACUUGGAUGGCACUUGCAACCAACCGCAUUGCAAUGGCCUGCAGAGGCUCGAUGGUCACACUGUUCAUCUCA